AAUAAUAUUAACAUUAAAUAAGAGCAGAUAAAGUACGAUAAGGUUAUUAUUUAUUUGAUUUUAAUUCUUAAAAGACAGGAAUUUAAAAAGAAAAAAAAUUAAUUAAUUCAAAAGUAUAUUAGAAGUAGUAACAAAUAUAAACGGAUGUCUUAAUAAAGAGGCUAUUAAUAAUAGCAACCACAGUCUUAGAAUUAAGCUUAUUCUUAGGGUUAACCAACUCCUUAGCAAGGAGGAUAAUAGGCUUUUAUAUCAAAUGAAGAUGUUAAGAAGCUCUAAGAAAUGGGAUUUAAAACUUCAAUCAUUUAUAAAGCAGCUGAAAUCGCCUAAGCACAAAAUAAAAAUAUUCUUGAUGUAGUUAUUCAAUUAUAGGAAAAUGAACCAACUCCUUAGCCUCCAAAAACAAUAAGUCAAUAGAGGUCAUUUUAGGAAUUUUCUUCUACUGAUGAAUCAACAAAUUAGUAAAACUAAAAAUAGCAAGAUUAUGAUGUUUUAACAAUAGACGUUAGAUUAAGAUCUGAAGGCACUCCUGUUGGACUUCUCAACUACGGAAAUACUUGCUACUUCAAUUCUCUAAUACAAACAUACUUUUUUAUUCCUAAAUUUAUGGAGACCAUCAUGAAUUAUAGAGUUCCUACUUAGAUUAAUAUGACUACUCUUUCAUAGGAAAGGUAAAGAAGAAUUUAAGCUUCUAUCAACUUAGUUAGUCACUUAUAAAGGUUAUUUGGCUACUUGAUACUUUCAGAUAAAAAGUAUGCUGACCCUAAAUAAGUUUUGGAAAAUAUAGUUGAUGAUUAAGGAAAUAGGAUUAUUUUAGGGGACUAAAAGGAUAUUGGUGAAUUUAAUUUAUAGUUUUUAGAAAGAGUAUAGGAAGGUUUAAGCUAUGUUUAAGGCAAAGCAUAUGAUUUUAGUACUCAAAAUGGAUCGGCUAAUAAAUAGCAGUCAAUAUGUGUUGAUUUAUUAGAUUCCCAAUCCGAAUAAAAAAAAGGAUCUCUUAAAAAGAAGAUUGCUUUUUUGCCAUAAGAAGAUGAAGAAUCAGUAAUAAGCUAGCUAUUUUUUGGUAAAAAGAAGGAAUUUAUUACCUAUUACUAAGAAGGAACCUUUAAAUAGUUUUAUGAAGAAAACGUAUUCCUGCCAAUAAUAUUAGAUCUUUAGUAUUAAGACCUUUAUACUAGUUGGGAGCAUCACAAUACAUUUUAUAUAGAAGAUUUUAAAGAUAAUACUGGUAAAAUAACUGAAGCAGAAAAGGCAGGAUGGAUUACAAAAAGUCCAGAAGUUCUUAUGUUCUAAAUUUAAAGAGUGGUCUAUCUCAAAGAAAAAGGGAUUGCUGAGAAAUUAAAUACUCCAUUUCACUUUGAGAAAGAAAUUUACAUAGAUAGGUUUUUACUUGAAAAUAGAGCUUACAUUUUAAGAAACAAACCAAAACUCAAAGCAUUGAAAAAAAAAAGAGAUGACAUUAAAAAGCAAAUUCAAAGCUUAAAAAAUUACUAAAACUCAAACUUUUCAAUAUUAAAUAUUAUGCAAAUGCAACUAGAUUUUCUUAAAAUUAAAGAAUAAGAGUUUGAAGAGCCAGUUAUGGAAGAAGAUAAAUUCUCGCCAAAAACAUAACAAUUAUUAACUAAUGAUAAUUAUCUUGAAAUAAGCGACUUUACACUUGAUUAAAACACCUAGGCAUCCAGCACUUCAAGGAAUACAAAUGGUAAUAACUUCAUGAAUAAUAACUCUCCUAUCGAUUUACUUAGUCUCUUUUCUAGUCCUACUCCUUAGAUGCCACUUACACCUUCUUCAUAAAGUUAACUUCAAUCUACAAUAUUCGAUAGAAAUGAUCAUUUAAAUUAAAAUAAUAGCUAAAGCAAUUCAAUCUAAAGUAUACCUACAAUUAAUAACACAAGCCCACCUAAAAAUAAUUAAGAGACUAAUUCUACAUCUAUUAAAGAAACUAAUUUAAUAGAACCCUAAGCAAUUUUAGUUAAUUAAGAUCCUAGAAUAGCAGAUAUAAACUAAAAGAUUUGCGCAUUAAAUAAUAGUAAAGCGAAUAUAUAAAAUUAAUUUUUAAAAGUGCUUGAAGGUCUGAAAAUGCAGACUUAAGAACUUAUAGUUACUUUAGAAAAUGAACUAGUUCGUAUAAAUAAAGAAAUAGAUGAUAUUUAUGAAAAUUUAAAACACAAUAAAUAUGUUUUACAUGCUAUUUUAGUUCACCAAGGCUAUGCAGAUUCUGGUCAUUACUUCUCUUAUAUCUAUAGUUAUGAUUAGAAAAAAUGGUUCAAAUUUAAUGACAUCUAGGUGUAAGAAGAAUAAGAGUCGGUUGUUAUGAAAUAAGCAGUAGGUGAUGGUAGAUCUAGUGCAUAUUGUUUAGUUUAUGUUAAAGAAGAUAUAAUUAAAUAACGUAAAUACAAGCAUAACUUUGAGCUCAUGGGAGAUAACGAGUGUGCCUAAAAAAUAACUGAAAUUACCACAUCAUAAGGUGUUAAAAAAAAAUAAGUAGUUAUAGAUUUACUUAAUUUAGAGCCUGAUCCUCCUGCCAAUUAAUAAGCUUUAACGAAAGAUUAACAAAAAUCUGAUUUGCAGCAUGUUAAAAGUCUAGUUCAAGAAUAUAUUAAAGCAGAAAUUUUGAGCCAAAAUAGGUAGCAAUAAGUUGAAAUGCAACAAUUUAAACAAUUACAAUUAGCUGAUAUGAUUGUAGAGAACUAUUCAAAGAGAUUCUCUUUUAUAAAUGAAUACAUCAGAAAAAUGUAUGAUAAAUCUAAAAAGAUAUCAUCUUGUCCUCCUCUCACAAACUUUGGUGUUUACUUAAGAUGGCUCAAUGAAAAUGUCACAGACAUUUUAAAAAUCUAAUUAUUUGAUUGUGCAAUAAGAGAAGUUUCUAAUCAAACUUUGAUGCUCUAAGAUGUAGCUAAUAAUCAAAUCUUGUAAAAUCGUUUGGUGAAUAAUUUUGAAACGAUGGGUGAAUUUAAAUCUCCUGUAAAAAUUGUUCUCUCUCCUAGGGAAUAUGAAUACAUGAACAAGGAAUAUAAUAAAUAUCUCUGUAAAAUUGCAUGCUCAUAUGCUAUACUUGAAGCCUUUGACUUGAUCUUAAAUAAAAACAUAAUUGCUUCAUUUGAUUAUUUCCACUAUAUUUAGCAAUAUAAUACUAAUUAAAACGAUUACUUCUAUCGUAUGUCAAGAGAUAUGUUUAAAGUGCUUCUGUUAAAAUCUAGCUGUUCUUUAUUUGAAUAAAUAGAUGAAUCUAACGAAGUAAUCCUAAAAUAAAUUAAAUUUAUUUUGCUUUAUAGUGCAAAAUUAUAAGACAAUGAUACAACUUCAGCAUAAAUUUAUAAAAUAUUGUGUGAUUACAUGAAAUAUAUUGGUAAUAAUAAGCUGGCUUAAUCUAGAGAAAAAGUAUAGUCAGUUAUUUCUUUCUUAUAAUAGUAUGAUAAAAUAUAAGAGUAAUUCAAAUCAUAUCUAUUCUAAUAAGAAAAGAGGUUCGAAGAAUUAGAUACAAGGCUAAUGCAGUAAGCUAUGACAUAAGAUAAAUAUUUCUGGAAGUUAGAAGAUGUUAAUAUGAAUACUGAGAUGCAAAUUAAUUAAGUUUUUAGCUAAAUUAAUGUCUGUCUAAGAGAGCACAUAAAUUUCCAUUAGAACUUAGUUAAAUAUAAAAAAGUACUUGACAUUUAGGAAAGAAUUUAAUAUAAUUUCUAAGUAAAUGUAAAAAUGUGA